AGAAAGAAGAUGGAGAGAAUGCUGUGAAGCGAAGGAAAGAGGGAUGGACUAUGUUGACACCUUCGUUAGCAUCUGCUGAUAAUUCCAACAUGUCCUCGGGAAACCUGUCAGCGGAUGGGGAAGAGUCUUUCAUCAGUGUGGACUCAGCCAUGCCUAGCCCUUACAGUGAGAUAUCUAUGAGCAGUGAACAGCACACCGGAUCAAUUGCACCUGAUGAAAGCAGCAGCGACCUUGUGAUUGUGGACGACCCAACAUCAGCAUCGCAGUCGAGGGCAACCAAUUCCCCAGUCUCCAUUGCAGGCUCAACUUCAGACCAUGUGAACGGUGUUCCACAAGACAAAUCUGUUACUAAUGUAGGCCUGUCAGGGAGGGGCAGGGGCCGUCCGAAAGGAUCUGGAAGUACCUCAAAAGGUUCAGGGAAAAAUCGAGGCCGCAAGUCUACUGCUGGCAGUGCUGCAGCAAUGGCAGGAGCCAGGGCUGGUGCAGCAGCAGCUUCAGCUGCUGCAUAUGCUGCAUACGGGUACAGUGUAUCAAAAGGUAUGACAGGAAGUGGCCCUGGGCAGUCUCCCCUCUCUUGGCCAACGAGCACUGCCACCUUUGGAAUGAUGAGCACCUCCCCCUUGAGCUCCCCUCAUAGCAUGUCGAACAGUGUCCCAGGAACACCCCAGACUCCAACUGAUACGAGCACACCUUCACCGUCCCCCAGCAAGAAGGCCAGCCGAGGCCUGGUUCAGCCCCCAGUUGUUGGGGGCCGGUAACCAUGAAAGUACUGGUGUGGAUUGGGGAAGGGAAAGGCUGCAGUGAGUGGACAGGGGAGGGAGGGCAGGUCGCAAGAUUUUGAUGUUUAAGGGUUCAGAGUUGUUUUAACAGCCGAAGUGAAAUCAUGGAGAAGCCUUUUUCCCUCUGAAUGACGUGUACAUAAUGUUUACCAGGAGAGCACAGAAUCCUUGUUUGUUUCUUUUUGAAUGUGCUAUUUUUUUAUAGAUGAAUUUGUAAAUAUGUACAAAAAAAAGUGAGAAAUCAAACAAACUGCUAUCUUUUACUAACCUGACAGAGACUGGUGAGAUUCCAGCCAAGUGAUGAAUAGUAAUUUUAUGGAGAGAUUGUAUGCGUGUGAAUUUUUACUAGUUUCCAGUGCUGAGAGGUAAACAUUCUGAAGUCCUUGUGUUUUAAUUUGCAGAGGCGGAAGCUAUUUCCCCUUGAGAACAGAAGCAGCAUUCAGCUUCCUGUGCCUUCCUCUAAGCCUCCUCCUUCCUCAUACCACUGUUAUGUUUGCAUCAGUCAGCUACCAGUGACUGCAAGUGGCACCUGCUUAAGAGCCGCAGUGACCCCUGGACUGGCCAGGACAAGCCUCCAAGUAUAAGUCCCGGUCUGCUGACUGUUGGCAGUCAGUGCACAUCGAAGCUUGUGAACUGUAGCAUCCAGUCUGCAUUCCCACUCCCAUUGUUACUCAUGUAAAGACUUUGGCAGUCAGUUAAUGUUAGAAAAAAGUCACAUUUACUGUUGGAAAUUCUCAGCAGAAUUGUCAGCCAACGGGAGGAAGAGAGCAGAUGCUCGCUUCUUUCUGUGUCAGAAACUGACAGACCUACUAUGCAUUUCCAGCUCCUCUUCAGUGUGAAUAGAAAGUGGCCAUGUCGUGACCCGAUCUGAAACUCUCCAGCAGUGGUGGAAGCUGUGACUAGUUCAGGAUAAUUCCUCAAGUAGCAGAGUGUUAUUGCUGUGUUACUGCAGAUACCGACACAGUCCAACAAAUAUUAAUAUUCAGAAAUCACAUGGGAAAGGAAGGGGCAUCUGCCGGAUACACUUUGUAAUCCCUGUUCCUAGCACAGUUAAUGGCACCAGCAUGUGAUAGCUGCUUGAAAUCUAAAGGAUAUAAUGAUCUAGAAACGUACACAGAACAUUAACAUUCCUUCCAUGUGAAAUUUUAUGGAGGAUAUUGCAUGGCUAAGGCUGUACAACUGUUUGAUAAUCCAGCAUGUUAUGUACUGGAUUUGGAUUGAAUUCUGCACUUCAUCCCAAAGUUCCAAAUCUCUCCUAUGUUGCCAUUAAUAGGUGCUGAAAAGAGCCCAGAGGUGGGACAAUAAUACACUUCCACUCUAUUGUAUAGUUCUGGUUAUGUACAAACAGUACUUUGUCAUUGAGAAUGUAUAAACCACAAGUUCCUCUGCAGAAUUCAGACUAAAUUUAACAUGCUAAUCGUUGCAGUAGAGUAAUAAAUGUGGUCCCAGCUGCAAGUUAGCUGUUUCUCCUCAUGUUGCCCACUUUCUCACCCCACCCCAAUGUCUGUCCCUCUCCACUCCUAUUGCGCACCCUGUAACCUUCUCUCACUGCGCUACCUAUCUCUCUCUCUUCCUCCCCCCACUAACCCCUUCCUCUUCCUGUGUCGGUGUCUCUUUCUUCCCCAUCUGACCCAUUUUAGUCUUUCUCUUUUCUCUCCCUCCUCUAUCUCUCUCUCUUCACCACCCACCCCCCACCAUGCCCCGAUACUAUGUACCUUCUCUCUGUCUCUUUCUCCCACUCACCCCCUCUCUCUUUCUCCCUUCUGCUACCGCUUUCUCCUCUUGUCUGUCUGUUUUUCUCUUUUUCCACCCCCUCCCCUACAUCUCUUGGCCUUGUCUCAAUCUCCUCUUUCUUUCCUAUUCCCUCUUGUUCAGUGUAUCAUCCAUCCUGUUACCCACCCUGUGCUUGUUUGUCAAUUUAUUUGAGAUAUGGAGCAUUGAGUCACAGAAUAACCUUCCUGAGAGCUGCCUUCUGUUUAACGUUCAGCCAGAACCCUGGGAGGGGCUACUGCACCCCAUUUGGGUGGACCAAAACACAACAAAGGAAGGUCAAGAAAUUGGAGGCUAGAUUUUGAAAUCAAUAGCCAAUAUAUUGUAAAGUGGGAAAUAUACAGUAUUUUAAGCAAUGAGAACAGAUGAAGUCCUUUAACAUUCUAAAUUAUAUCAAGGUUAAAAUCCAUAGUUUAGUAUCUGCAAUUAUUACUGCUCUUCAGUUGAACCCACUGUCCCUUUCUUGUGUUGACAGGCUUGGUGUUGCCUUACAUCUCUGAUUCACCGGCUGCUUAGUUUUUCCAUCCAGUGGAAUGGAUCUGUUGAAAGACUCCAUGUAUAAUUUAGGAGACAUUGUUCUACUUGUAUGAGAGACAGUGUGAACAACCUCUUUCUUUCUCUCUCUCUCUCUCUCUCUCUCUCUCUCUCUCUCUCUCUCUCUCUCUC